AGACACUGAGUUAUAUGAUUUAUACAUCAAUGGAAAAUAUAAUAAUUUGGAUAGGACGAUACUUGUUCCGAUACCAAUGCCAGAAAAUGAAUUUGGCAUCAUAGUUUUACAACGAUGGAAAGUUGCAAAUUUCGUUAAAGAACAUUCACGUGAAGAUUGGACAUCAAAUACUUUGACAUUUUUGGCUGAUUUAUCUGAACAAAUCUCUAUUGCUUUGGUUCAAUCCAAUCUAAUAGAACAAGAUAAAGCACGUAUUAAUCAAUUGGCUGAAAAAAACAAAGCCCUGGAAUUGGCUAGAAAAGAAGCUUCUGCAAUACAUUUUUACCGUCACCCGCUAUUUCGCAUCCUUGGUUCAAAAAAAGUGUUACCAAGAUUAUUUAAAAAAUUCUCACAAGCAGAUGCCAGUAUAACGCGUAGAUAUGGUGGUACCGGUUUGGGAUUGGCAAUAGUAAGUAAAUUAGUUGGAUUGAUGGGUGGUGAUAUACAUGUAGAACAAAACACUCGAGAUAAAUCUGGCACAAGAAUGAUGUUUUAUGUAUAUCUCGAAGAAGACCUAAAUUCUCUCCCAUACCCAAUACUAUCACCAACUAAAACUUCAAAACCAAUUUGCAUAUUGGAAAAAAAUAAUUCAAAUAGAAUUGGAUUAAAACAAGUACUGCAACAAUGUGAUGAAAAAACGAAGAUGUUGCUUGAUUUUAGUAAAUUAGAUGAUGAUCGCAAUGAUAGUAUUGGUAGUAGUAAUAGCAGUAACAGUAUAAAUAAUAAUAGUAUGGAUAACAUAAAUGUAAAUUUUAUUUCUAAUCAUUAUAACAUAAACGAUAUCAGUUAUGAUAGUAAUAGUAAUGAUAUCCUUAACAACAAAGAAGAACCAAGACGUUCAAAUACUUUACCCAGUAUAAAAACCGCCAAUCAAAUAUCAAUACCAUCAUCAUCAAUAAAAAUAAUGCAACAAUCAUCAUCUUUACAAUGUAACUACUUUUCAAACACAUCAGUAUUGUCUCCUCCAAGAAUAUCAUCAAAUUACAUAAAUGGUAAUUACAACAAUAAAGAUGAUUUUGGAUUGCCUAAAUUAGAGAUAUUAAUUGUUGAAGAUAAUCAAAUAAACCAGAUGCACGAUGUAAUGGCUUUUAAUGUAAUACAAUAUGAUUAUUAUAUUAAUGGCGAUGAUAAAAAGAAUGGAUGUAUAAAAUAUUUUACAUACUGUUGA